AUGUGGCUGACAAAUAAAUUAUCGACGGAUCUGAUUAUAGCGUUUAUUACGCUAAUAAUCGCCGCAUAUUUUUACAUCAAACACAAAUACAGCUAUUGGAAGAGGAAAGGUGUAGUCCAAUUGAAUCCAAUAUUUCCGUUUGGGAAUUUCGAAAUGAAAUUACCGAAAGGUAUCAAAAUUGGCGCCGAUUCGGACAAGUUUUACCAAGCUUUUAAGAAAAUGGGAGUUCCAUACGGGGGCGUUUACAUCGGAUUGUCUCCAAAUCUGGUCGUUAUGGAUCCUGAUAUCGUCAAAACUAUAGUGACAAAAGAUUUCGCCUCAUUCGUAGAUAGAGGUCUCUACCAAAACCCGCAUAAACCCAUCACAAGAACCUUGAUAACACAAAAAGGAGAGGAUUGGAAACAAUCAAGAUCUAGAUUUACUGCUGUGUUAACAUCAUCGAAAUUGAGGAACUUGGUUAACAACGUAGAACAUUGUAAAGAUGAUUUGAUUAAUUCCCUAGAGAAAUCCUCUGAAGCGCAGAAAGAUGUAGAUGUACAUCACACUCUCAGUCUAUUCAUUACAGACCUCAUAACUUUCCUAGUUUUUGGAGUAUCAGCCAACAGCUUCAAAUCCGAGACGGCGGAAUUCAACGAGUUCGGAAUGGCCUUUUUCCAAAAAUUCACGUUCGGGCACCAGCUCAAACUGUUGGUGACCCAACUGUAUCCCGACCUGUCGCGAAAACUGAACCUCAGCAACAUCCAGGAGGAGAUAAAUGUAUUCGCCACCGAGUUCGUUACCAAGUCUGUAGAGUACAGGAGGAAAAACAACGUAAAAGGAACGGGAUUCCUGCAGAUGUUAAUGGACGCGCAGGAAGCUGGAAUGGACAUUGAUAUGAAUGAAAUGAUUUCACAGUCGUUUGUGUUCUUCGCUGGUGGAUUGGAGACAUCCUCAACUACUACCACUUCCGUGUUGUACGAACUUUCCAAAAACAAAGAACUCCAAGAUAAGGCUAGACAGGAAAUAAUUUCGGUGAAAGAAAAACACGGUGGAAAGAUCACAUACGAUUAUCUCAUGGAAUUAAAUUACAUUUAUCAACUAAUACACGAGGCUCUUAGGAUGUACCCUCUUCUGCUGAACAUAUACAGAGUAUGCGUACAAGACUACGAACUACCCGGAACUGAUUUGGUCAUCGAGAAGGGUACUCAGCUCAUCUUUCCUGCCAUCGGCUAUCACAGAGACGCCGACUUAUUCCCGGAUCCGAUGAAGUUUGAUCCCAGCAGAUUUGAUGAUUUCAAAAAUACAAAAUACAGGGGUUAUAUGCCGUUUGGAGAGGGGCCCCGUAAUUGCGUUGCUUCAAGACUGGGAAUUUUACAAAGCAAAUUUGCUUUAUCAGUGAUAUUGGAGAACUUCGAAGUUUCGCCUAGCUCCAAAACGGUAGAACCCUUAGAACUAGAAGGAACGUCGUUUACAUUAAGUUUAAAGACUCCUAUUUACCUUAAAUUCAAACAAAUUAAAAAAUAG